ACUUUUCACUUUUACCCUUUCAGAAAAAGACCCCGAGCCAGCGACUAGGUAUCCCGUACCUUUAUUUAGCCGACUUCAAUUAGAACCGAUUUAAGAGUUGCACCUGGCUUAAGUAAGUGCGCCGCCAACAAAGUUGAUUAGUCCUGCAUUUGAUGACAUCACUUGGAGAGCUUUCCGCAUCGUCCGAACAAUCGGGACCACUUUAUUACCCAAAAAAGUCAGCCUCAUCAUGAGAAGGAGUUGAACGAAUUCUCCGCGAAUAAGUCGGCAAUUGCACCCGUGGCUUGCGACUGUUAAUGGCGCCGUCGGACAAGAAGCUCGUCGGUCUGUGUACGGGCUACAUGAUAUAACAGCCGUAUGGACGACUGAAAGAGAACAAGGACCCCCUCAUCCCCAUUUUCUGGCACCCGUCCAGAACUACGAAAUGUCGAAUGGUUCCCGCUCCUCCAAUGCAUCUUCGUCAAAAGCCUUCCAUUUCGCCGCCGGCCUCGGCUCCGGCACGCUAAGCGCCAUCCUCCUACAACCCAUUGACCUACUCAAAACCCGCGUCCAACAAUCCGAUUCUCAAUCCGUUCUGUCCACCAUCCGCUCCAUCGCCCAGCGAUCCCCCAACGCCAUUUCGGCCUUUUGGCGCGGCACCGUUCCUUCGACGCUGCGCACAGGCUUCGGAUCAGCUAUAUACUUUAGUACGCUCAACACGAUCAGGCAACAUGUCGCUGCUCCUUUGUCUACCCUGACCGUCUCCGCCGGCGGUAAAGAUGGGGGAGGCAGACGAAGGGGGUAUUCAUCGUCAAGCUCGUCGUUGCCGAAAUUAUCCAACACUGCCAACCUCGCCUCGGGCGCGGUGGCCCGCGCCUUCGCAGGCAUGGUCCUGAUGCCCCUAACCGUGAUCAAAGUGCGCUACGAGUCGAACCUGUACGCGUACACCUCUCUCGCGGGGGCAGUAACGGACAUUUACCGAACAGAGCGACUGCGCGGGUUCUUCGCCGGGUUCGGAGCGACGGCCGUCCGCGAUGCGCCGUACGCUGGGCUAUACGUUUUGUUUUAUGAGCAAUUCAAGAAACGGCUCAGUUCAUUCUUCCACAAAGACGGGCAAGAUACUGAUGGGCACAACGGCAAGAAUCAUGAUAUGAGGGCCAUGAAGACAUCCCUCUCCGCAUCUAUUAAUUUCAGUUCUGGCGCCCUAGCAAGUGCAACAUGCUCAUUCCUUACGAACCCGUUCGACGCCAUUAAGACGCGGAUCCAGCUGCAGCCGUUAAACUAUACAAACACGCUGCAGGCGGGGCGGCGCAUGGUAGUCGAGGAAGGGUUCCGGUCGCUGUACGACGGGCUGGCGCUGCGCAUGGCCCGGAAGGCUAUGAGUUCCGCGCUUGCUUGGAUGUUGUACGAGGAGUUAAUCCGGAGGGCUGAAACUACGUGGAAUAAUCAUCGCAAUGAAGAGGGCAAGGGGCAUUUGUGACGACAACAUAUUAGAUUAUCUCCAGGACGAAAGCCAAGGCCAGGCCUGCCGGAUCGAAGUAAAAGUGGAGGGGAAAUUCUCAACUCGGAAAAUCAUCAAGCAUUAUAAAAUCUCAAAAUCCGUUACAUACAAACGCCUUAGUAUAUAUAUUAAG